GCAACACAAGAUUGCCCACUGUCAUCGGUCAUGUAAAUACAUUUUCUAUUAUAGGCCAAAACCCCAAAAUUUGGCCUGUAUAUAAAUUACAACCAUUUCAAUUAUGAUAUGAUUCCAUAUCAUAUGGGAAAAAUAUCAUUGCGGUUUCAGUGAAAAUAUCAAAUUGUAUAUGUAUACGAGAUAUCGUUUAAUGAUAUAACCUCUUGUUCUAUCUCUAUUUUUAAUUUUGUAGUGAUCUCUGGAUCUUUAUAUUCUUCAACAAAAAUGUUUUGUAGAAAAAUAAUAAACGUCCUUAAACUCCAGCAGUCUUUGAAGCCCAUGGCCAUGCAUAAACUCAGCAUGCCAGUGGUUCACAGUCAACAAAGAAGAUUCAAGAGUGAUUUAUAUGAACCUGAUUACCUAAUAAGCAUGGAACCUGAUGAACCAGUAUAUGAUUGCCUCAACCUGCAGGUGAAGGGCUAUGAUUUUGCCCUGUUGGAAGCCUAUCAAAGUCAACUCCAUAAAUAUGCUGAAGUUAUGGGAAUUCAAGUUGAUGAAUGCUGGGCAACACCGGCACAGAAAAUUAAAGUACAAAGAUUUAAGCCAGGUGGCACUGCAGUUGAUGCUGAGUACAAUCUUAAUAUCUACGAGAGGAAUGUACAGGUUACCGAUGUUCCAGCCUGGGCUCUGGGCACACUACUGCGUGUAGCGCGUGCGUUAUUGCCCGAAGGCUGCACAUUGCGCGUGCAUGAGCACGAGAUUGCUCAUGAAGAGGUCCGUUAUGUGCCUGAUAAUCAACUCAUUGAACUUAAACAGCAACUUCAGGACAUGGGUGGCAGCCGCGCCGAAAGGAAAAAGAGAAAAUAAAUUAACCUGUUAAAUUAGUGUGUAUUUUAGCAAUUUUAGAAUAAAAUAUUAUGUUAAUUUGUUUAUAAA